ACAGCCCUUUUUUUGUUGACGUGUUCAAAUAAUGAAUCUCUUAUGUGGCCGGGCUCUUUUCCCCCCCGACCCACACCAUGUUUCUAGUUGUGGUGUAGGGAUGCUGUGCGGAUCAUUCCAUCACAUGCAGCAGUCCCGAGCAUAUGGAGAACCGCUGAUUUGUCGACUUCCAAGGACCAGGGUGCUGAAAUGGAACAAAUAUGUUUGAUCCUUUUGCUUAUAAGUAAGGCAUUAUCAGUUGGAGCACAAUUCAAUGGAUACAACUGUGAUGCCAACUUCCACAGCCGCUUCCCUGCGGAGCGGGACAUUAGUGUGUACUGUGGGGUGCAGACAAUCACCCUCAAGAUCAACUUUUGUCCGGUUCUCUUCUCCGGCUACACCGACACUGACCUGGCCCUCAACGGUCGCCAUGGAGAUGCCCACUGCCGUGGUUUCAUCAAUAACAACACCUUCCCCACCGUGGUCCUCUUCAGCAUUAGCCUUGCCACCCUGGAGACAUGUGGCAAUGCCCUGGUGGUUUCCACGGCUCAGGGGCCCAAUGCUUAUGGGAACCUCUCACUGGUGCAGAUUGGGAACAUAUCCGGGUACAUCGAUACACCAGAUCCCCCGACUAUCAUUAGCUACCUGCCAGGUCUGCUCUACAAAUUCAGCUGUAGCUACCCUCUGGAAUACCUGGUGAACAAUACACAGCUGGCUUCGUCAGCUGCUGCAAUAUCAGUGAAGGACAGCAAUGGUACUUUUGUCAGUACUUUGAGUCUACUGCUUUACAAUGACUCGUCAUACGUUCAGCAGCUGUCAAUCCCUAUGGCGGGGCUCACACUGAAGACACGUGUGUUUGCAGCAGUCAAAGCUACCAACUUGGACAGGAGAUGGAAUGUUCUGAUGGACUACUGUUACACCACUGCCUCUGGGAAUCCAAAUGAUGAACUUCGCUAUGACCUCUUCUUUAGCUGUGACAAAGACCCACAGACAACUGUGUUUGAGAAUGGGAAGAGUCAAAUGGGCCGUUUUGCCUUUGAAGUGUUUCGCUUUGUCAAGCACAAGAACCAGAAAAUGUCUACCGUCUUCCUGCACUGCGUUACCAAGCUGUGUCGAGCCGAUGACUGCCCCAUGCUCAUGCCGAUCUGUGGUAGUAGAAAGAAGCGGGACGUCUCAGAGAGGUCGGAAUCAAACUCUGCAUCAGGAAACGCUAUCAUUACUGCUGGGCCAAUAAUCACAAGGAGCGAUGACACUCCAAUGAACAACUCACAACUAGCUCAACUAAACAGCCCAGUGUUUCGGAUGAACACGGUUACCAGCGCACUUAUCUCAGGCAUCAUCAUCCUUGGUGUAAUGAGCCUGUGUUUCUUCAUCUUAUCCCUUACCCUCCUCAAGGGCAAGAGGGGCCCACCAACCAUCUUGUCGGGGGCUCGCAACCCAGCUUUCAACUAACUCCAGCGAUCACCCCUGCUCCCAAGAUCUUGCCUUCCCCCUUCCCUUGAGGACACUACAUAGAAGGAGAAAGUGGGACUCACAUGUACACAUUUACAGUAGAGUGAAAAGCCCAAAUUGUUCAUUUAUAUGAAUGUAAACUGUACUGUAUAAUUCAUGUUAGCAUAGGUAUGGUUGACAUCUCGAGAAUGUAUAUUUCUUUGUAAGUAUUGUACUUAUAUUGUUUCAACCCAGUGACAGUCUGGUUAUUGUUAGGCAUUUCAUUUGCAAAGUGGAUUUCAGUUCAAUUUAAUACCUCAGCUACUCGGUAUCCUAUUGCAGGGUAAAGGAUAAUUUACAAGAAAUACAUAUAGUGUAGAAUAAACUGCUCUAACACCAAAUUCUUGUUAAGUUGGUAUGUUUACAGGGAGAAAUGUAAACGGUGUCCCUGAAAUGGAUAUAAAAUGAGUGACCUCUAAACAACAUCCUAUGCAAUAAUUAAAUAACUCAGAAAA